UUUAACGAGCUUUUCCCAAAUGGUCCUUACAGCCCUCAAGCUACCCGUCAGUCGUAUUACUCCGUAUGAUGAUGAUGAUGAAGAAGUGAGGGAGGUGAAAGUUAUCGAGCCAGACUGGACUUUAUGUGAACGAGAAGCGGCGGGGGGCAAUAUCUGCGCGACCUGGUUAGGGCAUGCGGGAUAUCUGGUGCAUCUUCCUAGCAAAGGUGGACCUGUCACAGUUCUAUUCGACCCUAUAUUUGCGGAGAGAGCAUCCCCUUCAUCAUAUUUCGGGCCUCGAAGAAGGCUGCCACCUCCGUGCACCAUCGAAGACCUACCAGAGGUCGAUUAUGUCGUCUUGAGCCACAAUCAUUACGACCACAUGGACGGAGAUGCAUUACAACGCAUAUGGAAGAAAGCGCAGAACGCGGGUGGUCGAAGUCUUUCAUUCCUCGUACCAUUAGGUGUGAAGGAGGUAUUGACGGAAUUAGACCUACCAGACGCCACGAUAUAUGAGAUGGAUUGGUGGUCCACUACCUCAUUCCCUCUCCAGGGUGUUACAGAUGAUGGAUACCAAAUCGAGUUUCUUUGCGUUCCUGCUCAACAUAAUAGCGGCAGGGGAGUACUAGAUCAGAACGCCACACUGUGGUCGAGCUGGGUAGUACGAACAGUUCAGCAAGAUUCCACAUCACCAGAACCUUCCGUGUAUUUUGCUGGCGAUACUGGGUAUCAGACUGCGGACGGUCCGUGCCCUGCAUUCAAAGAAAUCGGCCACAAAUAUGGCCCAUUCGACUUGGCUAUGAUCCCUAUCUGGCGUGGCGCCUCGCUAUCCUUUCUAGGACGUUUCGGUCUCCGUCUCUCGGACGAUACGCUCCUAUCCACUCUUCACGCUCUUCCCGAAGAUGCCGUCCUCCUCGCGUCCGACGUCAGGGCACGCCACUCGCUGGCCAUGCACUUUGGUACCUUCGCCGGUAGUAAAGAUGAGGCCUUGGAACCUAUCGUACGACUGAAGAAGGCGAGGCGAGGGGACUGGAGGGACGAGGGCGGGUUUGGGUGGGUCAACGUAGGCGAGACGGCUGUGAUUCCUGUCGGGAAAGGGCUCUGAGAGCAUAGUGCGAGGAUUCAGCUGUGCUUGCACGGGUGGUGCUCGCCACCAUUACAUUCAUACGUCCGAUGGGAUUCCAAUCUCAAACAAACUUCUUCGCGAGACAGCGACGUUAACAAAGCUCGUAAACCCGUAUGUGAAGCAAAUCUCUCUAAAGGACACAACACUCUCCGAAUCUUAUAUACGAAUAGUUUCACGUCCCGGCGCUCCGCCUCAUGUCCAGAACGUCCAUCAGUGCAUCAUGUCCAUCAAGGGCGCCAAUCAGCCUUUAGAGCAUAUCCGAUCCGUCUGCAUAGCCU